AUGUAUUUUAUUUUCUUUUACUAUUACUAUUUCUUCGUUCUUCUGUUCAUCACAUUUUCUCUUUUUUCUUUUCUUCCGCCCUUUUUUUUUAUUUCGCUUCUCUUCUUUUUAUUCUUUUCUUAUUUAGUCUUUCCUUUUCUUUUUAACAACUUUCGUUUCACUCCUUUUCAUUUGAUGUUUAUUAUGUUUCUCCUUCCUUCCUUCCUUCCUUCCUUCCUUCCUUCCUUCCUUCCUUCCUUCCUUCCUUCCGUUCUUUCUUUCUUUCUUUUGUUUUCUCAUUUUCUUAUUUUUUCUGAUUUUUUCGUUAAUAGUUUUUUUCUUUCUUCCUUCUUUUCUUCCUUACUUUCUUCAUUUCUUCCUUUCUUUAGUUACUUUCCUCAAUCGAAAAUUUCUCUUCGUCCUUUUUCGUCUUAUUCUUUCUUUUAUUCAUUUUUCUAUUUUUAUCCCUUAAAUCUUUUCUUCCCUUGCAAACAUUCUUUAUUUAAUCUUUCCCUUUCAUUCAUUUUUUCUUACCUUUUUAUCGUCUUCUUUCCUUUUCUUUUUAACAACUUUUGUUUCAUUCCUUUUCAUUUGAUGUUUAUUGUUUUCUCUUUUCUUUCUUUCUUUCUUUCUUUCUUUCUUUCUUUCUUUCUUUCUUUCUUUCUUGUGCUUUCUCAUUUUCAUAAUUUUUCUUGUCUUCAUUUAAUUUCUUAA